CAGUCUAAAUAGAGAGGGCGUGGGAAAGAGUAAAGCGAAGUGAAGAAGGUUAUCGAAGGAUGGAAUCUGAAGGCGAAGAGGAGGAGCAAACACGCGUGCCGCUGAGGGAGAGACCGGAGUGGUCAGAUGUUACUCCUCUUCCGCAAAACGACGGCCCCAACCCCGUCGUUCCGAUCCAGUACACGCAAGACUUCACCGAAGUCAUGGACUACUUUCGCGCCGUUUACCACGCUGAUGAACGCUCCCCUCGCGCCCUAGCUCUCACCGCGGAAGUUAUCCAGUUCAACUCCGGCAAUUACACUGUGUGGCAUUUCCGGCGGUUGUUACUUGAGUCGCUAAAAGUUGACUUGUGCAGUGAACUGGAGUUUGUGGAGCGUAUGGCCGCUGGAAAUUCCAAAAAUUAUCAGAUGUGGCAUCAUAGACGAUGGGUUGCUGAGAAGUUAGGACCUGAAGCUAGAAAGGUUGAGCUUGAGUUCACCAAAAAGAUAUUCUCAAAUGACGCCAAACAUUAUCAUGCAUGGUCGCAUAGACAGUGGGUUCUUCAAGCACUUGGAGGAUGGGAAGAUGAGCUUAAUUAUUGCUCAGAACUUCUUGAAGAAGACAUUUUUAAUAAUUCUGCUUGGAAUCAGAGAUAUUUUGUCAUAACAAGGUCUCCUUUCUUGGGGGGGCUAAAAGCUAUGAGAGAGUCUGAAGUGCUUUAUACCAUUGAAGCCAUUGUAUCCCAGCCUGAAAAUGAAAGCUCGUGGAGAUAUUUACGAGGACUUUAUAAAGGUGAAAUCACAUCAUGGGUAAAUGAUCCUCAAGUUUCUUCUGUGUGUUUAAAGAUUUUAAGAACCAAAAGCAACUACAUGUUUGCUCUUGGCACUGUUUUGGAUCUCAUAUGCUAUGGCUAUCAACCAAAUGAAGACAUGAGAAAUGCCAUUGAGGCUGUAAAUGCAGUAGAUAUGGAUAAACACGGUUUAGAAGGUGACGGGAGAGGGGAAAAUCAAAAUUUAAAUAUAGCACGAAAUAUUUGUUCUAUCCUAGAACACGUUGAUCCAAUUAGAACCAACUAUUGGAUUUGGCGCAAGAGUAGGCUUCCUCUUUCGGCCUAGUACCAAAGUUUUUUUAGGACAACUAUGUCGUGUGUACCAAAGCUCAUUGAAGUUAUGCCUGAUUUUUUGCGA